CGUUCUGGGGCAAUUCAAUCACCACCUCUGCAGUAGUACUCUCUGCGCCUUUCAAUGAUCAGGCUAAGCUAUCCCAUGGAACAUUCACACCAUAACACACGAUUACGACACGUCUCAUUACUACGGCGAACCCUACGAAACACGACUUGACAUACGGACAGCUUGCCCCACACUAACACAUCACCAUGAGCUCACGAUACGCACCCAAACAGAACCCCGUCGAGCGUCGAAAGGGCGAGAGUGCGCUCAGCGAAUUCGCCGAGUAUGUGCAGAAGCAGCAAGCACUCCGACGCCCCGGCCAGGCGGCCGCGACACAUGAGGAUCACGAUGAGCUGAGCAUUCUCGACGAACUGGGCCUCACCGACGACGCAAAGCCACACAUCCGCCUGAAGACACUGCUCACAGACCCUGCCGAAGAGCACGUUGCCGCACUAGGAGAGCACAUUAAGGAGCGCUUGGCCGAAGGCCAUGGCGAAGUCCUGUUCGAUUUUGGGCUAGAGGAUAACGGCGAGGGCAUGGGCUUCACCAAAGAGAACUGGGACUUUGCUCUGGAGAGGAUAGGGGCUGUCUGCGAGCUGAUCAAGGCCGACUACAAGAUCCUGAUGACCAGGAACGUUGGCGGUGACGUCGAGGUCGGUCCUCGAGAUGCAAAGGACACGAGCCUCAGUGGCAAGAUGAUCAUAAGACAUCGUCCCAAGGAUGUUGAUGAGGUCAUUGAGACACGAAUUGCUGUCGUGGGCAAUGUCGAUGCUGGUAAGAGUACCAUGCUGGGAGUGCUUGUCAAAGGAGGGCUCGACGAUGGACGUGGAAAAGCACGUGUCAAUCUCUUCCGCCACAAACACGAGAUCGAGAGUGGGCGUACCAGCUCUGUCGGCAUGGAAAUCAUGGGCUUCGACAGCAAGAGCGAGGUUGUCGUUUCGACCACCGCUGGUCGCAAGCUGACGUGGGAGGAGAUAGGUCGUCGUGCGGCAAAAGUUAUAAGCUUCACAGAUCUGGCAGGCCACGAACGCUACUUGCGAACCACCGUUUUCGGUCUGCUGUCCAGCGAGCCAAACUACUGUCUGCUGAUGGUGGCUGCGAACAAUGGUCUGGUCGGUAUGAGCAAAGAGCACUUGGGAAUCGCUCUCGCGCUGAACGUGCCUGUCAUGGUUGUCAUUACCAAAGUUGACAUCUGCCCGCCAAACAUUCUCGAGCAGACCAUCACUCAGCUGAGCAAAAUUCUGAAGUCACCCGGAGCUCGGAAAAUUCCGGUUUUCAUCAAGAACAGGGAGGAGUGCAUUAACACUGCUACACAAUUCGUGUCCCGGCGCAUCUGCCCCAUCUUCCAGGUUUCCAACGUUACAGGAUACAAUCUCGAUCUCGUGCGCACCUUCUUGAACGUGCUACCUCACCAUGGCAACUACGACAGCUCGCUACCACUUGAGUUCCAUGUCAACGACACCUUCUCAGUGCCGUUCGUUGGUACCGUAGUAUCAGGAGUUGUGAAGUCGGGCGAGAUCCAUGCUGGCGAUACCAUUCUAGUUGGACCCGAUGGCCUGGGCCAAUUCACGACAACGAAGGUGCGGUCCAUUGAGCGAAAGCGAAUACAAGUACCAGGCUGCUCUGCGGGGCAGUCCGCCAGUCUUGCGCUUCGAAAUGUGCGACGUAAGGACGUCAGAAAAGGCAUGGUCGUUCUUCACAAAUCGGACAAACCUGACGAGAAGACUGGUAUCAUACCGCAACCCAAGGUCUACCGCGACUUUGUUGCUGAAGUUCUGAUCUUGUCACACGCAACGACUAUCAAGACGAAGUACCAGGCGAUGCUGCAUGUUGGUCCUGUGUCUCAGACAUGCGCUAUCAUUGACAUCGAUCGUCAGUACAUUCGCACUGGUGACCGCGCACAGGUCGCGUUCAGAUUCGUGCAGCGUCCUGAGUACUUGACAGUCGGCGAUCGUAUUCUGUUCCGUGAGGGCAGAACGAAAGGGCUUGGUAUCGUGAAACAGGUUGGGUACGACCCGAAGAAGCCGCUGAACCCCGAACUGCAAAAGGAGCAGCAGGCCAAAGAGUCAGGUGAGAAGAAGACUGCUGCAUCAUGACAUGACAGACGUGUAGUUUGUUGGUAAAUGCCCGAUUCUACGAAUGUCCGACUCUUGUCUCCACCUUUCCUUCUCAUCUGAGCGAUUUAUUGCGAGGCUCGGUUAGUCCCACUUGAGAACAGUAGCUAGAGCCUAUCUACAACACGGAUGAAUUGACGUUGCCUACGACAGAAAUGCUAGAAAGUCGGUGAUAUUUGCAGAUAUUGUCGUACGUCUGUGCUUCUGUACAGCAA